AUGAAAAAUGCUAAUAACACCUCUAAUUGCAUGCUAAAACAGAACACUGCUGGGCAUGUCAUUGGAUCAGUGGGGGGACAAGCAGUGGCGCUUCGCAUCUCAGGAACCAAAGCUGCAUUUUACAAUUGCAGCUUCUAUGGGGCUCAAGACACACUUUAUGAUCACAAAGGUCUUCACUACUUCAACAAUUGCUCUAUUCAAGGCUCUGUUGAUUUCAUCUUCGGCUCUGGGAAGUCCCUUUAUGAGAACUGCUAUCUGAGUUCCAUAACCAAGAAAGUGGCUUCCAUCACUGCACAAAAGCGUACAAAUUCAUCAUUGGAAAGCGGCUUUUCGUUCAAAAACAGUGUUAUAACAGGCAGUGGACAGGUGUAUCUUGGAAGAGCAUGGGGAGAUUAUUCAAGAGUUGUUUUUUCUUACACCUACAUGGACAAGAUAGUCCACCCAAGAGGAUGGAGUGAUUGGGGUGACCAAAAGAGGGACCAGAGGGUAUAUUAUGGAGAGUACAAGUGCAGUGGGCCGGGAGCUAACUUGAGCGGAAGAGUGCCAUGGGCUAGAGUGCUUACAGAUGAAGAGGCCAAACCUUUUAUUGGGAUGAACUUCAUUGAAGGAGACACUUGGCUCAUUAACCCCUAA